CUCCAUAAGCGAAUCAGUAGUAGUCGGUAACUUGAACGGAUCGGAAGUGCACACGCUCGUGAACAAGAAGCUUCACCUCGAUUACCAGUUUACCAGUUUGGUCUGCCGGUUGAAGAGAGUGCAUUUCAACUAGGAGUUGUUCGAAAACAAGUUACAUUCAUAUAGAGCUCUGUGUGAAAAUUACAUAAUUUUCAAAUGAUAUCGAUAAGUUUGAAUAUACGCUGCGGCAAUUGAAAUAUUUUAAUGCGUGGUCAUUACGCUCGUUAAACAAGCACGAAGUAGGUGGUGAACUGCCGUUGACAAAGUGACUCAAUAGACGCGCCAUUCUUUGUAUACAAAUUGUUACUCUACUUACGGAAAAGUUAAAUAACAGUCAUUGAAGUGAAAAAAAAACGGCUCUAGUGGUCUGUUCAAAAUCUUCGUCUAAAAUAAGUAAUGAAGUGGCUUAAAACAAAAGAGCUAAGUUCCGAAAAAGAGUUAUUUGUGCGUACGAUGUAAUAAUAUUGCGAGUGAAAGCAACAUGUGAAAGCAGAUAUUCGCCUUUUUGCCGUCUACUACCUGUCCAUAGUACAAAAAGCAGCUGUUUACACUCUGCAUCGAAGCUUUUAUUGACUCACUGAAGCUGCCACUUGAACUUUUCUUUUCUUUUUACGUGCUCACUAUACGAUUACCGCAGUGAAGUUUUGUCUUUAAAAAUAUCAACAGAUGAAAGGCUGGGGAUAAAAAAAAUAAUUCGUUGACUUUCGACCUGCCAAUAUUUAUAUACACAAAUCCUCUUUCGUAUACCGAUUAGGUUGACUUGUUGAUUCCCAUAAAUGUGCAGUUUUACGCAUAGUUUUUGCAAAAGCCCAUUUGAAGUGAUACAGUAAAAACUGGAUAACUGAGGUGAUCCCGAUACGAACUGACGAGUCUCAAAAUAAUGCUGUCGGCAAAAGCAUUAUUAGUAUGUUACUUCACAAUUUUUGCCGAACUCAGCCUGAUUGAAGCAUUCGAAAAUAAUCGUUAUAUCAACGAUCUGUUGGAGGAACGUAAACAUUACGAGGCAGCACAAAAAUCAAUUGUUGAGUGGAGAAAUACACUAGCAAGAAACAGGAAAAAGCGAGCUGAUAAAGUAGUUUGCUAUGGAGAGCUGGGAUGUUUCGAAGAGACCGCAUAUCUGGAAAUGCUUCCAUCGCCGCCGGAGGAAAUCAAUACGAAAUUCUUCGUCUAUUCCGCCAAGCACAGGAGUGAAAAACCUAUACUGGAGUUUUAUUACGAUGAGAUCGCAAAAAUUAACAACGGGACAACUAUUUCGCCAGCCCCAACACCUAAAACCGCUAAUGCAACCACUCCUGUUAAACAUCGGUAUGCGCCGGAUAAAGUGUACGAAAAAUUUGGGAACCUAGAAAAUGCCACUGCGCGUGCGAUUAUUCAUGGGUUUGGCUCGAGCUGUACCCAUGUGUGGGUGUAUGAGAUGAGGACAGCUUUGAUGGCCGUGGAAGAUUGCAUUGUUAUAUGUAUGGAUUGGGAAAAUGGUGCAACACUACCAAAUUACGUCCGAGCUGCAGCAAACACACGUCUUGUUGGCAGGCAACUCGCUUAUGUGUUGAAAGGACUCGAAACGCACAACAAACUGAACAUGUCUCGAGUGCAUUUAAUUGGUUUUAGCUUGGGUUCGCAUGUUGCCGGAUUUGCCGGUGCUGAACUAAACGGUUUACAUCGAAUCACAGGACUUGAUCCAGCUGGACCGCUGUUUGAAUCCCAGCACCCGCAUGCUCGACUAGAUGACAGUGAUGCUGGAUUUGUCGACGUAAUCCAUUCGAACGGGGAAAAUUUGAUACUGGGUGGUUUGGGUUCCUGGCAACCGAUGGGUGCAGUCGAUUUUUAUCCUAAUGGAGGAAGAGUUCAACAUGGUUGUUCGAACCUAUUCGUUGGAGCUGUAACUGAUAUUAUUUGGGCACCACCAGCAUCGGUAGAAGGACGGUCAUUAUGUAACCACAGACGAGCGUAUAAAUUCUUUAUUGAUUCUGUUGCCCCGAAGUGCCUAUUUCCCGCCUUUCCCUGUGAUAAUUAUGAGAAUUUUCUCAAAGGAGACUGCUUCUCUUGCAAGCGAAUGGAGAACGGUACAGAAAUGUCUGUAUGUGGAAAUAUGGGUUACUACGCGGACCGAUCUGUUGCUCGGGGUCAGCUGUACCUCAAGACACGCGAGGAGGAACCAUUCUGCGCUCAUCAAUACAGGUUGCAGAUUCACAAUUCACCAAACGAAUUGCCCCUACGGACCCUUGGAAGGCUUGAGGUAGAACUUGAAAGCGAUGCUGGACUUACGGAAGUGUUCACGAUCACAGAGAAAGAUGAUUCUGAAAUAUUCGCCGGCGAAAUGAUCUCACAAAUUCUGGUACCACAUCCCGCGCUGGGCUUUCCGAAAAACAUAACUCUAACAUAUUUAGCAUACAAAGGAUGGCUCACGAGAGGUCUAACGUCGUGGAGUAUUAGCAAAAUGAUCCUAAGUGAUGGAUUCGGUAAAAGCUUCUCAAUUUGCAAACAAAUGCAACUGGACUCCAACAAUCCAAUUCAUUUAACACUUUUACCAGGGGAAUGUGAAACAAAAGAUGAUUAUACACACAGUUCAACACACGAUAGUCAAUCAACUGAGACUCCGGGAGAUAGUGAGGAAGCUGGCGAUUAUGACGAUAAUUUGAAAGGUCAAAGCAACGAAAGGAAUGAUGUUGAUACACCACCAAUUCCUUCCAAUCCUCAACAUGACUUCCGUGGAAAAGGUACACAUGAUAAGGAAAAAAAUAUUGAUACUCAACCGUGGCAACCAAUUGUAAUAGAGCUACCAAGAAGUUACCGAAACAUUGAUGCCAACACUUCAUAUCCCAUUUACGUAACACCAACGGCGCUAACUUCAUUACCCAUUGUUACAUCACCUGAUACUACACAAAGUAAUGUUAGUGAACCAGUUCUCAAAAGAGGACAACAUGAGCCCAGAAAAUUGCAGAACAAAACAAAAGAUCGUAAUAGUGACAAACGCUCGAUUGAAACUCCCUCUAGUAAAGGCACUACAGAAUUACCUCCUGAAAGCAAGUUAAUUACUGUACAACUAUUUCCCUACCGAUUCGCUAAUGUAUUUGAAAAAGCCGAAAGGUAUGCAAGACUGACUCUAUUACCAUUACUAACAGAGCAAUUUACACAGUUUUUCAAACCGAAAACCGACGAUGAAGAGUUAUCGGACGUAGUGAACAUAGAAUUCAAUCAAACUGAACCAGUACCAACGAUUUAUAAAAGUAACAAAACAGAAAGAUCCAUGGCAUUGACUCGACGAGUGGAUUACGGUUAUACUAGUGCCAGUCAACCUUUAGGAGAGCAUCGUAAUUUUAAGGAAGAUAAAACAGAAAAUAUAUCACCGAGUACACGCAAAGCAUAUAUUAGCGAGGAUGUGCUGUUUCAGAUGCAUCGAAUCGAAGAAACUAGCGAGUCGGUAGAUACUACAGAUGCCCACAAUGGAUCAGAGAAUCCUAUUAGGAUUGAUUUACCGACGUUUCGUCCUCCGAUGUCGAAGAUGCUGCCACUGGUUGAACAGCCACAGACGCGCUUUAUUCCACUGCAUUACAAUGGAAAUAGCAAGAUAGUUUCAAGGAGCAAAAGAAAACAAAUGGGUGAUACAAAACCAAAUGAUAGCAACAGUUGAAAGAGAGAGAAAGGAAUGACAGUAUUUAAUAAUGUGUAGUUAGCUUUAGUUUAUAAUUGGCUUAAAUAUACUAUGAAAAUUAUGCGUAUUGCGAUUUUGUUGA